AUGCCUAUCAGUCUUCAUUCUCAUUCUGGUCAGUUUUGUAAACACGCUACUGGAAAUCUGGAGGAUGUGAUUAAGACUGCAAUCCAAAAAGGUUUCAUCAGCUAUGGCCUUUCAGAACAUAUGCCACGAAAUCGGUCUAUGGAUCUUUAUCCUGAAGAACGGGAUAUGGGUGUAGACGAACUAUCUGAGCAAUUCGAGCGGUUUAUUAUUGAAGCUAAUCACUUGAAAUCAAAGUACUCAUCUCAAAUAAAUUUAUUAAUCGGAAUCGAAACGGAGAUGAUUGAUGAAGAGGUAACAACAUCCUUACUCGAUCAAGUUUUAAAAAAUCAUGGAGAUUCAAUUGAUUAUCUAGUUGGAAGUCUUCAUCACGUUAAUCAAAUCCCAAUUGAUUUUGAUAAACCAACAUUUCAUAAAGCUUGUCAAUCUUUGACCCCCGAUAGUUCGAUGAAUCCGACAGAAGAAAGCCUUUAUAAACUUUGCUCUAAUUACUUUGACGCUCAGUAUGCUCUCAUGGUCCGCUUUCAACCAGAAGUCAUUGGACAUUUCGACUUAUGUUUGUUAUAUUACCCUGAUCUGAAUUUAAAGAAAGAUAAAUCGAUAUGGGAUAAAGUUGAACGAAACAUUAAAUUUGGUAUGUCCUAUGGCGCACUUUUCGAAGUUAAUUCUGCUGCACUCAAAAAAGGAUGGUCAACACCUUAUCCUAGCCCGGAUAUUUUGAAAUUGAUCUCCAAGUUUGGUGGUCGCUUAACUCUUUCUGAUGAUUCACAUGGUCCGCAUCAGGUCGGCAUGAAUUAUGCGCGAGUACUCGACUAUCUGACACAACAUCAGGUCAAGGAAAUAUGGUUUCUUGAACAAGUCAACAAAAACCCGUCUGAAUCGUUAGAUAAAACUAUAAUGCUCCCAAGACAAAGAGUAAAAGCCUCAUUAUUACCUGACCAGUGGCAAGACCACUCAUUUUGGUCCAAGGAGACAUUGACCGUCAGUGACCGUUUUUCAAAUCGCGAUUUUACUGUGCUUACUGACGCUGUUUGUCCAGUGAUAUUUGUUCAAAAAGAUGAGCGGAAAAAGUUUUGA